CUCUAAAACUCGCGCUGUGUGUUCUUUCUUAGGAUUUGAAGUACGCCCUUUGCCAUGGCAGCUCUGCAGAGCUCCUUCACUGGUCUCUCAAUCUCCUCCACCUCUUUCUUCGGCCAACGUCUCUCCCUUCCUCCUCUGGUCAAAUCAACAGAAGGUCCAUGUCUGAUUCAAGCAAAGCUUAAGCGAUGGGAGCGGAAAGAGUGUAAGCCAAACAGCCUUCCAGUACUACACAAAAUGCAUGUUAAGUUGGGAGAUACAGUAAAGGUAAUAUCCGGCCAUGAUAAAGGUAAGGUUGGGGAGAUCACUGAGAUCAUCAAGCACAACAGCAAAGUAGUAGUAAAAGACGUGAACUUGAAAACCAAGCAUGUGAAGAGUAGGAGUGAGGAUGAACCAGGCCAGAUAGUCAAGAUUGAAGCUCCUAUUCACAGCUCAAACGUGAUGCUUUACUCGAAAGAGCAGAAGGUAGCCAGUCGGGUGGGUCAUAAAACACUAGACAAUGGAAAAAGGGUUCGCUACCUCAUAAAAACUGGGGAAAUCAUCGAUAGUGCAGAAAACUGGAAGAAAGCAGUCAAAGAGAAGGAGAAAACAACAGAAGCAGUAGCUGCUGCUUCCUAGGAGACUGGCCUGUAAAUUCUGGUUGAUUUUGCUAAUUUUGAACCUUCUUUCAUUGUUGUAGUAUGAUUCUGUUAUCACCUUAAACUUCCUAAAAUCAGUAACAGAAGAAUUUAUAUUAAUGAGCAGAAACCUGAAACCAGCAUUAAGAUAUUGGUGGGAGAUUACAAAAUUUGUGCCA